UAAAGUCACAUGACUUCAUAUUAUUUAUUUGACAGCACCGGUAACACGUGAAAAGGUGUUGAAUGCUGAAGAAGUUAUAUCGACACUAGUCAAGGCUAACUGAAGAUGACGACAGAGGACUAUCGUGACAAGGCUUCAAAGGUUGCAGAAGAACUUCAAGAAUAUCUAAAUAAUACUGAUAAAUAUAAAUGGGAAGUCGCUAAAGAAACGAAGGACUUCAAGAUCUCAUGUGUGAAAUCAGAAUAUUUUAGUGGUCAUUUAUAUAAAGGAGAGGCAGAGUAUAACGUGCCACCAAAAACAGUAUUUGAAUAUGUAGAACCUCUACCAGAAGGUCCAAGAAUGAAAUGGGACAAAAAUAUGAAAAAGAUAGAAGUCUUAAAAUGGUUAGACAAGGAUGGAGAUACGGAUUUAAGAUUAAAUAGAGCUUGUACAUCCAGUGCCUGUAUGGGACUAAUCUCACCAAGAGACUUUGUUGAUCUCAUUGUCACUAAAGAAACAGAUACAUAUUUAUCCACAAAUGCUAUAAGUUGUGAAUGUGACGAGUUUCCCGAGGUGAAGAAAUUUGUAAGAGGUUGGAAUUAUGCCUGCGGUGUAGUAGUAUUAAAAUAUUCCCAUAAUCCAAACAAAUGUAAACUAGUCAGUCUGAUACAGCCAGACAUUAAAGGAAUGGUCCCCAAGAACCUGACCGAUGCUGCUAUACCAGGAUCAAUGGCCGAGUUCUUCGCUAAUCUCGGUAACGCACUUAAGGAAGAUGGAAAAGUUGUAUCAUAGAAAGACAUUACAGAGUCAGACAAACAUAUCGCUUAUUAGUUGAUUUUGUUUUAAAAGCAGAAGAAAGUCGUUAUUUAUUAAUUUGAAUGCGAUCAAAUUGUUUGUUAUUGGCAAACUACUUAAAGAAGAAUGUCAGAAUCAAAUAUUUUAUUAUUCAUUUAAUAUAUAUAUAUGUAAAAAGUUACAGAUUUGUGUUAAGAAUGGUUUCUAAAAUCAAUUUUAAUUUUAAGUUCAUAUAAUUAUGACAUCCAUAGAAUAUAAGAUUUAAAUGUAUAAUUAUUAGUGAAUGUGUAUAUUGUGUACCCCAAAAAAUACAAUUGAUAUAUUUUGUGAUGUUUACAAGAUAUUAUGUUUAAAUGAUAUUAGUUAGAGUACAAUUGAUUUACUGUAAUUUCACAAAUUUUUGCGAAGUUUUUUUAUUAAUGCAAAUACAAUAUAAUGCGACUUGGUUAUUGUUGCAGUAAUAAGAAUUUGCCUUCUGAUACCCAUUACACAUAACUCUUUGCAGAUUUAUCGUAAUAAUAAACGCACACAUUAAUUUCUAAAUUAUAGUAAUUAUUUGGGGUUUCCAAUUACUUAAUCCAUUAUUAAAUUACAGCAGAACCAACAUCAAUUUGACUACCUAAUUUUGCAGUACAUUAUGCAAUAGUAAUAUCUAUGUUAAAUAAUUUAAACUGUUCAUAUUUAGGCCUUUUUUAAUUGAAUUCAGAAUUAUUUCUGAUUUGUUGAUGAUAUUGAUAACUAGGGAUAUCUUAUUAAUCUCUUAAUACAUUUUGUAUUUAAAACUUGAAAUUCUUAAUGGCUUUUUAACUCAAGCAGAGUCCAAUUAGUAUCAAAUACUCUUCUCAGUACAAGCCAUCUAUUAAUAUUUCAGUACAGAUGAACGACUGCAUGUUUUGUAUAAUGGGAAACAGUUUUAAUUUUUCUGUUUUUCAAGCUAACUUAAGUUAUUUGAUCUUUUACAAAACAAUAUAACAGUAUGACAUUUAGUAAAUGAGUAUUCCGGUAGAAACUGAUUCUGAAACCUGAAUAUUUUAUGUUCUAGAUCAAUACUUUUCUUUCUUUUUUGUGACAUUACAUUUUUUGUGAGUAGGUGUACCCUCGAGUUAAAUCAUUAUAGUUGGUAUUUUAGGAAAAUGACACAGUAAUCAACUUCUCAAAUUAAGCAGACUUUCAUGCUGUAGAAACUGAUAGCCUGAAACAGUUUUGGUAACAUAAAAGGAGCAUUGAUUUGUGUAAUAGCAUCCAAGACAAUUUUUGAUAUAAUGAUAUAAUGGAAAUGUAAACCCACUUAUACAUUUCCAAAUUUAAUCUUUUCCUUUAUAAGCUAUUAUUGGAACCAUCAUUUUGUAAUAUUUUGUAAUAUGAUGAAAACAAUGUCUGGAAGUGUCUAGUUAUAUCAAGUUGUUAUGAAGCAUAUAAAAAUAAUAAAUGUGCAUUGAGAUAUUUACAGUGAGAGAUUUGUUUCCCUUUAAUGUUUUUUUCUUUUUUCUUUAAUGAUUAAUCAAACUAUCUCUAAUAAGCUUUAGAACCUUUUGAUUAUAACUUAUGUACUGUUUUUGAUUACAUUUCUGGCAACAUAUUGAAUCAAAACAUAGGCUUCUGGCAUAGAACUUUAAUUAAAACUCCUCAGUUAAUCCCAACACCUACAUGUUUAAUUAAGCAGAUGUGGAAAUAUUAGACUUGUUUUAUGGUAUUCCUUAUUCUUAAUUCUGCUGAAAUGAUUAAUUUUAAUAAGUUAGUGACGUCAGUUUUUUUUAACAAGAUCUGAUGGUGUUAUUUGAGUGAAUUAUAUAAAAUUAACAACACUCCUCUAAAAUAUUGUUUUACUCAGUCAUGUUUAACUUGUUAUAUUUAAAGUUCGUUCUAAUGAGUGUGCAAGCAUAUUUUGUAAAGUAGAGUCGUUGUUACAGAAAGAAAUUGAAAUUAUGCAAUAUUUACCAAAUACAUUGUAUAUCAAGAGAGGAAGAACAAAAAGGCAUAUCAUGACCCUGUCCGUAAUGUUAAAGAUAAUUCUUAUAGUCCCCGAUUAUAAUUUUAUCAAGAGUAUUAGAUUUGCAUAUUCAAUAAUCGUAUCUGUAUACAUUGUAUGACGCCAUUGUAGGUUAAUUCAUCUAGUCACAUACACUUUCAGACUGUUACCUAUUUCUAUAAAGAAUUUUCUAUAACAAUUCAAAAUUUGUAUGGUCAAAUGUUUUACUUUUAAGUCUUUGUAAGAAUCAGGCAAUUUAGGUAAAAAUCAAAACAUGAUCAGAAAAAACCCACCGAGCUAAUCAUUCUAUUUAAUACUAACUAUAAUCCUGAGUUAAAAUUAUUAGUCUUUCGUUUGUGUGUGUCUGGUAAUAUCAAAUAACUCAGUUAGAAUAUUGGUUAGAAUGAUAGCAAAUCACAGAGUUAUCUCCCCUUAUUUGUUAAUUUCUAGUGCAUUUCAACCAAAUUGUAUCUUCUAUUACCAGAACAGAAAACAGAAAUUAAUGUUAUUUUUGUGCAUAACUACAUAUUAUGAACUGAAAUCAAUGUCAAAUUGGGUGGGGUUUUUUUGUCAUGUUUUCAUCACUGCCUGAUUCUUAGGCAGACUGGCACUUAAAGCAUCUAUGACGAAUGUUUUACUUUAUCACAACAAGCAAAAAAUGUCAGUUUUACAUAAUAAGUGAAGAUACAAAAAGUGUUAUUAUUUUUGAUGAUUAUUUACCAAACAUAAAUUAUUAAAAGUUAUUGUAAAGCACAGACACCAUUUAAAUAUAUGCUUUUCAUUUGCAAGACAUACAAACACUGUAAAACAAAAAAUCAAAAUUUUACACCAACAUUGAACAUUUAUUAGAAAAAACAUUAAGGUUGUUGACAUAUACAUUUAAAGAAUAGACCAAGAACAAAAAUAUUGCCAGUAUGGGCAAUUUAGAAUUUUAUCAUGAAUAGUUACAUAUAUUUUUGUGAUAUUUUUUUUUUUGUGACAAUGAUUAUGUGAUCAGUAUAUUAAAUUCUAUGUGUAUAAGCUUA